GAUUGAUGACUGGAAGAACCGUUUAAAAGCAGCAACGGGUGUUGGGUUUGCCAGACAGCACAGGGAAGAAACCACAGCACAUCGUCCUGAUUGUCCUCUUCCCAGCGACCAAGAGCUAGAGACUCGGCUGUGACUGCCCGCCUCUGGUGCUUCCUUUGGAUUAGACAACCCUUACCCAUCUAGACUCCCUGACACUCUGACUGCUGACUUACAGCCAUGAGGUCCCGGCUUCUGCUGCCCGUGCCCCAUUUGCCAACGAUUCGGGAAACAUCAGAAGAACUAUCACAUGGGGCACCUGGGCAGGAGCCCCCAGCCUCUCCCAGCCUGGAUGACUAUGUCAGGUGUAUUUGUCAGCUGGCGCAGCCCACCUCAGUGCUGGACAAGGUCACAGUCCGGAGCCGUCCCAACAGACCCUGCCGGCCAGCCUGGACUAGAGAGAAGAAGCUCCAGGCUGAGUCUCUAGGAGUCAGCGCUCCUUGCUUCAGCAGCCUACAGCCCACACUGCCCACUCCUGGCACUGACAACCCUCUAGACUGGCUCUUUGGGAAGUCCCAGGAACAGCAGACAGAUGGAAGCGAUCUACCCAACAAGAUUGGUUCUUCAGAUCACUGGGGUGUGCACAGACAGAUGGGCAAGGACACAGGGAGGCUCUGUGAAGCCAGGGUACCUGAGCACUCUCUGGGAAGAAAACCAGGGCACAGGCACCAGACCUCCAACCUGAAAAGCUGGACUUCUAGAAAGCCCUGCCAGGCCUCAGCGUCUGUCUUCAGCUCUCACCCCAGUAGCAUCCUAGGGACUCUCUAUUUGCAUCUCCCAGUGAUCCAUGAACUCUAACCCCUCCCCAGAAAAAACUCAUAAAGAACAUGGUGGGUCCUGUGGCCUCCCCGGCUUCUUUCUCUUGUGGUGGACACUUUCUGGCAGAUCUGCAGGGACUGAGCAAUUCCUAGUAAGACCCAUCCUCCAAAGAGUGAUGACAGUCUAGCUCUCACAGUGCAACUUGACUGGUACCAUCUGUUUGUGACUGGCUGGCCCAUGACCUUGAGAAGAGUUAGUGUCUCUAUUCCUUGGUUUUAUCAUGGGUAAAGUGAGCGUAGCUGGAACGACCACCUCCCAGAUUUCUCUAAUGAGGAGAUGUGGGCUGUACUCUGGGUGGCCAUCACAGUCUCAUGAGAAACCAAAGGCAAAGGGCCAAGGUGGGGGUGUGUGUGUCUCAGCUCCCUAAUGCAAUGGCUUUCAACCAUCCUAAUGUUGUGACCCUUUAAUACAGUUCCUCAUGUUGUGUGAUCCCCAACUAUAAAAUUAUUUUUGUUUCUACUUCA